AUGCCGUCGGACUCGAGCGAUCAGCAGAAUAACCAGAACCGGAGGCCGGCGAAGGCCCAGACCCCGGGUGCCCCACCGCCGGAGCAAGAGCACCUCCCUUGCCCACGCUGCGACUCCACCAACACCAAGUUCUGUUACUACAACAACUACAACUUCUCCCAGCCCCGCCACUUCUGCAAGUCCUGCCGCCGCUACUGGACCCACGGCGGCACCCUCCGCGACAUCCCCGUCGGCGGCGGGACCCGCAAGAACGCUAAGCGCUCCCGCACCACCAGCUCCUCCUCCAUGAUCGCCACCACCGCCACUUCCUCACUCUCCGACCACCCAAUUCCCCCCACCCCAGUUUUUAUGAACCCGGGUGGCGCCGCCGCGUUUGGGGACAUGAAGGGGAAUGUGGGAAAUGGAUGCGGUGGUGGGGGCGGCGCUAGCUUCACUUCUCUGCUCAACACUCAGGGGCCUGGUUUUUUGGCCUUAGGGGGGUUUGGUCUUGGGCUGGCCAAUGGGUUUGAGGAGAUGGGCUUUGGGCUUGGGAGAGCGGUGUGGCCUUUUCCCGGGGUGGGAGAUGGUGGUGCUGGUGUUGGAGGUAAUGGUGGGGGCCAUGGGAUGAUGAACACGUGGCAAUUUGAGAGUGGAGAAGGUGGUGGGAUUGUGAAUGUGGGUGUUGGCUCUGUUGGGGGUGAGUUCUGUUCUUGGCCAGAGUUGGCAAUUUCUACCCCUGGAAAUGGUCUCAAAUGA